AAUAGGAUCGUUGGAAAUUUAAGGCGUCACCUCCACCCGUCCAAUAGGAACGCGGCAUGGCCCUGACUCCAGCACCUUAGUGUUUUUUCCUUUGCCGGCGUUUGAGUAGUGUGUGCGCGUGAGAAGGCAGAGCGGUUAUUGGGAGUAUUUAGUCCUCUUUGAACAACCCAUCCAUCAUGGACUCUUCACUGACUGCUGCUCAGAUCCGCGAGAGGUUCAUUGACUUCUUCCGCCGUUAUGAGCACGAGUAUGUGCACUCGUCCUCCACCAUUCCCCUGGAUGACCCAACCCUUCUCUUUGCCAAUGCUGGCAUGAACCAGUUCAAGCCUAUCUUCCUAAACACGAUCGACCCAUCCCACCCUAUGGCCAGAUUGAAGCGUGCUGCCAACACCCAGAAGUGCAUUCGUGCUGGUGGUAAACAUAAUGACCUGGAUGAUGUGGGCAAGGAUGUGUACCAUCACACCUUUUUUGAGAUGUUGGGCUCCUGGUCUUUUGGAGAUUAUUUUAAACAAUUGGCCUGUAAAAUGGCUCUGGAGCUGUUGACUCAGGACUUGGGCAUCCCUCUCGAGCGCUUGUAUUUCACCUACUUUGGAGGAAAUCCCGAGGCAGGCCUUGAGUGUGACGAUGAGUGCAAGCAGAUAUGGCUUGACCUAGGGGUGGCAGAGGAGCGUAUCUUGCCAGGUAAUAUGAAGGACAAUUUCUGGGAGAUGGGAGACACCGGUCCCUGUGGGCCCUGCAGUGAGAUCCAUUAUGACCGCAUCGGAGGCAGAGAUGCUUCACACCUGGUCAACAUGGACGACCCUAAUGUGCUGGAGAUCUGGAAUCUGGUGUUUAUCCAGUUCAACAGAGAGUCUGAGACAGAGCUGAAGCCUCUUCCUAAAAAGAGCAUUGAUACCGGAAUGGGACUGGAGCGCCUUGUCUCUGUUUUGCAGAACAAGAUGUCAAACUAUGAUACAGAUCUCUUUGUUCCUUACUUUGAAGCUAUCCAGAAGGGCACUGGAGCCAGGUCUUACACUGGCAAAGUCGGAGCAGAAGACCAAGAUGGCAUUGACAUGGCAUAUCGUGUCCUGGCUGAUCACGCCCGCACCAUCACUAUAGCUCUGUCUGACGGUGGUCGACCCGACAACACUGGAAGGGGAUAUGUGUUGAGAAGGAUCCUGCGACGUGCUGUACGGUACGCUCAUGAGAAGCUGGGUGCUCAGAAGGGCUUCUUUGCCUCUCUGGUGGACGUUGUGGUGCAGUCACUGGGGAAUGCUUUCCCUGAGCUGAAGAAAGAUCCUGAAACAGUGAAGGACGUUAUUAAUGAAGAGGAAAUGCAGUUUCUUAAGACUCUCAGCAGAGGGCGGCGCAUCCUGGACAGAAAAAUCCAAAACCUCGGUGACAGCAAGACUCUUCCAGGGGACACUGCUUGGCUGCUGUAUGAUACCUACGGCUUCCCUCUGGACCUGACUGUCCUCAUUGCAGAGGAGAAAGGCAUGGGAGUGGACCUAGCUGCAUUUGAGGAGGAGAAGAAAGCUGCACAGUUGAAGUCCCAAGGCAAAGGUGCUGGAGAUGAGGAUCACAUCAUGCUGGACAUAUAUGCCAUUGAGGAGCUGAGGAACAAAGGAAUCCCUGCCACAGAUGAUGCGCCAAAAUACCGCUAUACCUCUGAUGACAACGGCAACUAUGAGUUUGAGCAGGCUGUAGGUACUGUGCUUGCUCUCAGGCGUGAACGUGCGUUUGUGGAUGAAGUGAGCACAGGGCAGGAGUGUGGCGUUGUGCUCGAUCAGACAUCUUUCUAUGCCGAGCAGGGAGGUCAGACCUUCGAUGAGGGAUACAUGCUGCGUGAGAAUGACUCCACAGAGGAUAGGAUGGAGUUCACAGUGAAGAACACUCAGGUGCGUGGAGGAUACGUGCUGCAUGUUGGUACUGUUUAUGGCACGCUGAAGGUUGGAGACCGCCUCACUCUGCAUGUUGAUGAGGCUCGCCGUAGGCCCAUCAUGAGUAACCACACUUCCACCCACAUCCUGAACUUUGCCUUGAGGUCUGUGCUUGGCGAAGCGGAUCAGCGUGGUUCUCUUGUGGCACCGGACCGCCUGCGCUUUGACUUUACUGCCAAGGGAGCUAUGAGCACACAGGAGGUGCGCCGCACUGAGGAAAUCGCCCAAGCCAUGAUAAAGGAUGCCAAGCCAGUAUAUGCCAAGGAGGCCUCACUUGCAGCUGCCAAGGCCAUCCAGGGCCUGCGUGCUGUCUUUGACGAGACGUAUCCAGACCCUGUGAGAGUCGUGUCCAUCGGCAUCCCUGUGGAGGAUCUACUGGCUGACCCGAACAGCACUGCAGGCUCUCUUGCCUCCAUCGAGUUUUGUGGUGGAACGCAUCUGCAGAACUCGGGUCAUGCUGCCCAGUUUGUGAUCGUGUCCGAGGAGGCCAUCGCAAAGGGGAUCAGGCGAAUUGUGGCUGUGACUGGAGCAGAGGCUCAGAAGGCCCAGAGGAAAGCCGAUGCUCUGCAUCAGGCCCUGUCUGCCAUGGCUGAGAAGGUGAAAGUUCAGACUGCUCCCAAUAAAGACAUCCAGAAGGAAAUAGCAGACCUGAAUGAGUCAAUAGGAACUGCAGUGAUCUCCCAGUGGCAGAAAGACGAGAUGAGGGAGACUCUGAAGGGCUUGAAGAAGAUCAUGGAUGACCUGGACCGCAGCAGCAAAGCUGAUGUGCAGAAGAGGGUUCUUGAGAAGACGAAAGAGGUCAUUGAAAGCAAACCCAACCAGCCUCUUCUCGUCAUGGAGAUGGAGAAUGGAGCUAGCGCAAAGGCUCUGAAUGAGUCACUGAAGCUGCUGAAGACUCAGUCACCUCAGACUGCUGCUAUGCUUUUUGCUGUGGACAGUGAAGCUGGGAAGAUUAUCUGCCUCUGCCAAGUGCCACAGGAGGUUGCAAAUCAGGGCUUGAAAGCCAGUGAGUGGGUUCAGGAAGUGUGCCCUCUGUUGGAUGGAAAAGGAGGUGGCAAAGACAUGUCUGCUCAGGCCACAGGCAGAAACACGCAAUGCAUCCAGGAGGCCCUGAAGCUGGCAAAUGAAUUUGCCCAACUCAAAUUGGGGAAAAACUAGAUACUUCUAAGGGUGAAUGCCUAAAAACCUUCUCUAAUCUGACAGUAGAGUAAUGCAGUGCUGUCUGCUGAAAUUCACAGAACCAUCUCAAUUUGCAUCUCAAAUGUCAUUGGCACCCUCUUUCUGUGUGCAAGGAAAGUACUGAGGACAAGAUGGCACCUUUAAAGAUUAUUACAC